AAAAGAUUCGAUAUGUUUUGCAGAAUUAUAUAUACGAAAAAAGAAAAAAGUUAAUUACCAGAGACAACUCAGCAAGUACUAAUUUCUUUUUCCACUGAAACCCCAGCAGCUCAUUUUCAUAGGCAAGAAUUAUUUUGUUGAACUCAAUGGUUGGAACAGGGUUUGAAGAGAUCGAUCCCAAAGCAUUUUUUAGUAGCAGUUCGUCGAUGGAGGAUUUUGGGGAACCAAGUUCCGAUGGGACGAACUCCUAUCAAGAUCUUGAAGCAAGUUUGAAAAUGGAAAUUCCUUCACCGGAAUUAUUGAAUUCUAUCGAUUCACUACUGUCUUUUGAUCCAUCAAUGCUAAAUCAGACAACUGGCACUCAGUUUACUGGACAACAAUAUGAUCAACAUGCAACAUCUAGUAUGAUGGCGUAUAUUAAUGAAGCAAACAUGCACUUAGGGCAGCAAGGUUUAGAUAUAUCCUUAAGUAGAAGGUCCAAAAUAAAUGAUGCUGAAGUUUUGACAGAUGACAAGGUUGCAAGGAAAAGACAGAGGGAUAGAGAUUACAGAGAAAGAUGCAAGAAACAGAGAAUGGAAAUGAAGGACAAUCUAGAGGCACUUGGUGAAGAAAAUGAACAUUUGGAGAAGGAGAAUGAAUCUUUAAAGGGGGAAAAUGCUUUGAUGAAUCAAACUUUAGAAUCACAAGCAGAAGAGAUUAAACAACUUAGAAAUGAUCUCAAUAAUACGAAGUUUGAGCAUGAGAAGCAAAAUAUUCUGGUACAGAUACUUUCAUCAGAACUUCUAGCCAACCCUGACCUUCAACAUGAAAAUCAAAACCUCAAAGAUGAAAAUGUUAGAUUGAGGAAUGAAGUCGACAUUAAGGAUUACUCAUCACAGCUUAUAAAGGAGAAUGGAAGCCUGCGAAUUGAAAAUAUGGUACUCAGGGUGCAAAAUGGUGCUCUAUGUGAGAAGAUUGCCAAUGAUAGUUGUUAGAACAAGUAAAAUUGAAGUUUACUUACUUCUAUUGAAUUUUUGUUGAUAAUGCAUUUAUAAUACUCGUAUAUAAUUUAAUGUUAUUUUCAAAUAUAUAUAUAUGGAGAAGGUUGAUUGAAUCACUGUUGAAAACAGUGUAAAGAUUUCUUAUGAA